CUUCCUUCCUUCUUCAUCUUCUCCAUCGUCGUCUUCUUCGUCAGCUCACUCCCCCAAGCUCCCCACCUUCGCCGCCAUUUCCGCCAUUUCCACCACCACCGCCACUGCUCUCCCUGCUCAACCCAUCGCCCCCCCUCUCUCUCUCUUCUUUCUCUCUCUAGAUUCCCCCAUUGCCGCCGUUCGCGCCUGCCCGGCUGUCCGCCGGAGCUCGGGAAACCCUAGAUCUCGCCGCGCCGGCGCCGGCGUCGUCGCAGCAAUGGCCACCCUCCUCCUGCCUGUCUCGCUCCUGCUGUCCUGCCUCGCCGUCGAGGCGGCCGCCGCGGCCACCUUCUCCUCGCGCCUGAUCCACCGGUUCUCCGACGAGGUCAGGUCGCUCCGGGCCCCCGCCCGCCGCGGCGGCGCGAACGGCUCCUGCGCCGCCGAGGCCCCGUGGCCGGAGAAGAGGAGCGUGGAGUACUACCAGGUCCUCGUGGCCAGCGACCUCCGGCGGCAGAACAUGAAGCUCGGCGCGCGCCACCAGCUGCUCUUCCCUUCCGAAGGGAGCAAGACGAUGUCGCUGGGGGAUGAUUUCGGAUGGCUACACUACUCCUGGAUCGACGUCGGUAGCCCAAGUGUUUCUUUCCUUGUUGCACUGGAUGGUGGGAGUGAUCUUCUUUGGCUUCCGUGUGAAUGUGUACAAUGUGCUCCUCUGUCUGCCAGCUACUACAGCAGUCUGGAUAGAGAUCUGAAUGAAUACAAUCCAUCUGGCUCCAGCAGUAGCAAGCACAUAACUUGCAGCCAUCGGCUAUGUGAAUCGGGCCCGAGCUGUAAAAGUCCUGGAGAAUCAUGUCCAUACACUGUUAACUACUACACUGAGAACACAUCAACUUCUGGAUUACUGGUGGAAGAUAUAUUACAUCUUGCCUCAGGCAGUGGUCAGGCAUCAAAUAGUUCUGUAUCGGCUCCAGUCGUUAUAGGAUGUGGUAUGAAACAGAGUGGGGGUUACUUGGAUGGUGAUGCUCCUGAUGGUCUGAUGGGAUUGGGGCUUGGAGAAAUUUCUGUUCCAUCUUUUCUUGCUAAAGGAGGAUUGGUCCCCAACUCAUUUUCAUUGUGCUUUGAUGAAGAUGAUUCUGGGACAAUUUUCUUUGGGGACCAGGGUCCAGCCAACCAGAAAUAUACAGCUUUUCUACCUUCAAAUGGAAAAUAUGAGACAUACAUUGUUGGGGUUGAGGCAUGUUGCAUUGGAAACUCUUGUCUCAACCAAACAAGUUUCAGUGCUCUGGUAGAUAGUGGCACGUCAUUCACAUUUCUUCCCAAUGGAGUUUUUGAAACUAUUGCCCAAGAGUUUGACAGACGAGUAAAUGCAACACGCUCUAGCAUUAAAGAAGUACCUUGGAAGUAUUGCUACAAACCCAGUACGAAGGAGAAGCCAAAAGUUCCCUCUCUCACGUUUGUUUUUCCACUAAAUAAGAGCUUUGUUGUCUUUGAUCCUGUUUUCAAGAUCUAUGGCAUGGAGGGGCUGGUGGGAUUCUGUUUAGCCAUACAGGGAACUGAUAUAGAUAUCGGAACAAUUGGACAGAACUUUAUGAUGGGAUACCGCAUAGUGUUUGACCGAGAAAAUUUAAAGUUAGGCUGGUCACGCUCAAACUGCCAAGAUAUAGAUGAUGAUCGGAGCAUGCCUCUAACACCGAAUGGCAGAUCCCCAAACCCGUUACCCACAACUGAGCAACAGAGCGCUCCCGGAGGAGGGCAUGCGGUGGCGCCUGCUGUGGCUGGGAGAGCGGUCUCCAAACCAUCGGCUGCUUCAGAGAAGCUCAUAUCAUCCCGCUUAAGUUUAAUCAGUUUAAUGCCGCUUUUGCUACUCUUGCACUUUCUUGCCACUUUCCUGCACAUGAACGAACCCUUUUCUCUCAUACACCAAAACUCGCUUCGCUGAUGGUGGGGUUGGUCUUACAUGUAAAUUUUCCUCAGUUUUGCAAGAGAGUUAGUCGGGAUGGGGGAGCUUGUCGGCGUCGACCAUUGCCUGUCAGGUUUUUUGUGUUUCUUCUGGGCUGGUGGUUGAUAAUGUUAUUGUAAAUUUGUCACGUCUUAUAAAUAUUCCCGUGUCUUCUUCUA